CCUGAUGCACUAUCUCUCUAUUUCUUUCUCUAGCUCUCUCUAGCGCUUAGCUUCAAUGCUUUGUGCUAUGCAGCCCAACGCUCGUACGUCUGCAGCCGCCUUUGCUUCACCCGAAGGACGACGCGGCGCUGCUGCUGUUUACCGAUGCAUUGACGCCCCGUAGUGAAUGCAGCGCGCCUGUACGCUCGGUAUCGUUUUACGAGCAGACGCUCCCGUGAGCUAGACGAAUGCUGCCGGCGCAUAAAUUCCCGCGCGGUGUCAAGGAGGUCCUUUCUGGCGAACGUGCCGCCCUGGAGGAAGUGGUGACGUGGCCCGCCGAUGUGGCCACUGAAGCGCGCUGACGUCGCCGGCGGUGGGCUGGUGACUGUGGCCGAAAAUGGCGCACGUGCUGCUUCCCUGCGACGUGCCCACUUGGUCCGAGGUGGAGCGACACCUGAGCCAGCUUCGGUUCGCACACUCGCCCGAGCAACUGGUGGCCGACAUGCAGCGCAUCUACGACCUCUGCUGCGUGGGCCUCGACCCGGAGGACCCUCCGCGGGAGGAGAUUCGGCUGGACCUGCUCAAGCGCUUCCUCAAAUCCCUGUCGGCCGACGAGAGCCGACGCUUCUUCGACUCCACGCUGCCAGCUUUAAUCAGCUGCGCGAUGCGGCUGCGCGAGCUGCGGCCGCCCGGCGGCUUCCUCUACUGCCUCCAGCAGCAGGACGGGAUGUUCGCGCUAAGCCGUCCCUUCGUGGCUUCACUACUGGCCAACUCGUUCUUCUCCACCUUCCCCAAGCGCACAUCCAGGACGCACCCGACGCUGCUCGACUUCAACUGCUCCGAGCUGUUUCCCUUCCUUGACACACCGUGUCACUGUGAAAAGCUGAGGAGCCUGUUCGCCUACUUCGACUGCACCUUCCAGGAUGAACCGGAGGGCACCGUGUACUUCUGCAGGCAGGUGACUGCCCCUAAGAACCAGAUGUCGCUGCCCGAGUGGAUGUGCAGCGACUGUCCCCUCUGUCCGCUCAUGGUCCGCACUAGAGGACUGAUCGAGGAAGCCGAACCGAUCUUGCUCAAGUGCUAUCCUUCUAGCGCUAACGUCGGAAACGAAUUUCUCGGAAGCAAUUGCACAAUGGAGUGCUCGGUGUUCCUCAGCUGUCCCGAGGUUCUAACCGCGCUGCUGUUCGUCGAGCUUCUGGGCGACAACGAAGCGCUCACCGUGGACGGCCUGUUGCCACUCGAUCCGAGGCCACGGGUCAACGGAGAACCGGUGUUCGGCCCUUCCGAGUGCUCCGUGUGCCUUCUGGACAUCAAGGACCAUUCCUCCCGGCCGAUGGCGCAGUUUGAGGACGCGUCCCUGCUUCGCGAGCUCAACAAGUGCCUCGUGGCCUUCCGGCAAGCCCUCACCCAGCGCAGGCCCUCGCCCGUGGGCCAGAGUUCGAGCUCGAGCGCGGCUGGGCACGAUCCACCCUGUUUUCACUCGCUGUCCUCUUCCAAGACGUCGUCCUCCCCGAGCAGUGCGCACGCCACCGACUCCCCGCCGGACAAUCUGCAAGGCCUGCGUGGCCACGAACACUUCGUGGACUGCAAGCCUCCUGCCGCAGACCUCUUAGGAACGAAGACGACCGUUGUUUCAGGUGGUAAGGCCGACCUGCCGGACCCAAUCAAGCGGUGCCCUCAGCCGGAGAGCCAAGUACCCACCUUAGCCGGUGUUCUGGGGGCGCUGAGGAAGAAGCCUCAACGCUCGCCUCGAAAGUUCUUCAAAGUGCUGAGCUCCAGGAGCCCGAGUCCGACCUCUCCGAAACCCGACAGCACCCGUCCACAACGAACUGUAGAAACGAAUAGCGGAGCUUCGAACGUGCCGCCAUCGUUAUCGAGUUCAGUUGCUGCCCCAGUUCCUAACAUAGCGAGGCCCUUAGCGACUAAGCCUCCGCCACCGGCAUCGAGAAGGAGCCUGCGGUCUCUGGGCAGCUCUGGUUCCAAGGGCUCCGUGGAGAGAAACAAAAGCCUGGAGAACAUACUUAGCAGAAUCUCUGUGAGCCAGCCGUCGACGCCUUCGUCGUCGUCGUCAGCGCCGCUUCUGACGCAGGCCGUCCUGUGCGCGCAGAGACACCCUUCUCCGAGACCCGACCGACGAGGCAGCGGUUCCCAAGCGGCUAUGGUCUUUCGCCCGGUCAACCUGUCGCCGCUGAUGUCCCGCAGGUCUGCCUUCCGGCCCGCGACCGAGUGUCUCCUGGACCAGAGAAGGCAGAGCGGCGGGGGCGCGCCUCCGAUAGCGUUGCCGCACUGCGAGUUCUCCGCGUUGAGCAAGAUCAAGCCAGCCUGCGUCAAGGUGGCGCCGGUGAAAGUGCUGACGUCGCCUCCGGUAUCUUCGCCUCGCGUGCAGCUCUCGAUCGAGUCUGCACCCGAGGACGACGUGUGGCGCAGGCAGGAGAGCGUGGAGCUCGAGUCGCCGGGCGUCGAGCUGCCGCCAUCAUUUCUGCGGCGUCCCGACGCCGCGACGACUGCGAGGGAGACGGACGUAUGGACGCUUGCGCGGCAACAGCAGCCAGCGGUGGAGGAGGGCGCUCCGGCCCGAAGUCACCGCAGGACGGCGUCUGGGUCUUCGACCACGCCGUUCGAGUCUCCGACGGCGAACCCGUCACUGCUGCGGCUUCCAUCUCAGAAGUCGUGUGACGACGACUACCACACUGCGGACGAAAGCUUAGAAGAUAGCCCGGAGGGACACGGAGUCGGGCUUCCGGGCGAGGCUCGUCCGCGUUGCCUCAAGUCGCGCCGAGAGCGGUCGCUGCGCUCGCACACGAGUGGCGGCGGCGGCUCGAGCGCCUUCUCGUCGGUCUCUCAACGCCUGAGCAGGGACGACUCCGCCAGCUCGGCCGGUUUCGUGCUCGACAACCGGAGCGACGACGAUGACUACAUCGCCUCCUCGCUGAGCAAGCACGAAAGGUACGAGGACUUCCGGCGUCGAAUCCGCCGUCGAGGUCGGCGGCUUGCACGUCGACUGAGCCGCAGCCUGCGUGCCAGCUACUCGAGCGGCAGCAGCGACAUGGACGACAUCGACGAGGACCCCGAGCUGGGCUUCUCUCGGUCCCAGGCUCCCGUGUGCUCCGUGCGCGCGGCCAACUCGGAGCCCACGCUGCACGUCCUGCUGCCGACCAAGGGCUCGGCGCGCGAGCUGCCGGCGCUGUCCAUCGCCUCCGAGCUGGUCAUGACGUCUUCGCCCGGGCGGCGACAGACACUGGUCAUGACUACGGGCCAGGGCAUGCCCAAGGCGUACUCCUUCGAUGGCGUCAAUCCGAACCUGCCAGUUCCUUUCAAGGCCAAGUUCAGGUGCAAGAAGAGGUUCGCGGAAGUGAUAUGA